UUGCCUGCAAUGGCGUUGUCUAGCGGUGCUCAGACUAGGGCUUGUAUGUCAAAUUGUUUCAAUUGGAGGGAUAGUAGACUAUGACUUGUAGAGGAAAUGGACGCGGCUAAAUGAAAGUGUGUACUAGGAGUGUAUUUACUAUGUACACAUUAUUCUACAUUUGAACUCUACGACAAAAUAUGCCCAUUUUGGAUAUUAAACAUUUAUCAUAGCAUCUCCUUUGAACGAGGCAAAGCACAUAUUAUGUUCCCCCUGAACAAAAUGUGAGAGGCUGGAUGAUGGGAAGAUGUGAUAUGUAAACCCAGCGAUGCUGACAUCUCCUCCGCCUUUAAAACAAACAUGUUGAAGACGGAGGCUUCGGGGGAGCGUUCCAACCUCCGGAGUGCCUCGCCUCAUCGGAACGCCUACAGGGCCGAGUUCCAGGCCUUGAAGAAGGCCUUCGACCAGCCCAGGCAGGAUGGGGACCCGAAGCAGAAAGACCCGGAGCGCGCCAAGCAGCCGCGGGGCAGGCAGUACGGCACCCACGUCAGCCGGAUUAAAAACAUGUUCAUGCAGAUGGGGACUGACGGCCCAGUGCCCUCAUCGAAAACUAAUGUGGGAGAGGAGGCCUCGCCCCAGAAGCUGAGGAAGCCUACCAACUUUGUCAACCGGACGGACGGCUCGGUCAUCAAGCUCCAGCCCACCGUCAGCGAGCGAGCGAGCGGCACCCACUCAAAGUUCUCAGAGACCAGGAAGCUUUUCGAACAGAGGGGGGCCUCGCAGUCCCCGGUCUACGCCUCCAGCCGGGACAAGAGAGGCUCGCACGAGCACCUGGACGAGUGGAGGGGGCCGCGCUCCAACAGGGGCAGCAACGACUCCCUGGACAGCCUGUGCUCCAGGACGGAGGCCGCGUCGCCCACGGUGAGCCAACUCAGCGCCGUGUUCGAGAACGCCGACCAGCACCAGGCCGGCGCUUUCCGCAGGAGCGCCAGCGGGCGGGCCCUGUGCUCCCCGGACGGGUUCCACCGCCCCGGCGACCUGAGCGAGGACGACGGCAGCUCCCUCCAGUCGCCGUCGCGCGCCGGUCGCAGGCACCGCGGCGGGCGGCCCGCGCUCCCCGUGUCCUCGUCCUCGGAGGACCUCCUCAGCCCCAGCCCGCUGUCGGAGGCGGUGGACGCCGGGCCGGGGUUCCCGGAGGCGCCCCCGCAGAAAGGGGAGGAGCCCGGGGACGGGAGGAGCGAGGAAAGGGGCGCCGCCGUUUCGGACAAAUACGAGGAAGCCCACCGGCUGAGGCACGCGGGGACGGUCACGUCCACGGAAGCUGUGGGUGUCAGCACGGACUCGCCAGUGCGCACGGCCUCCGUUUGCACCGAGACCACGCCUGACGCAGCAGCCGGCGAGACAAACGAAGCCACAGGAGGCCGCCAGGCGGAGAAUUCGACUCAGGUCACCGGCGGCGAUGCUAAAGAACCCAGUGAGGAAUACAGUGGCAACGAGAGGGUCAUAUUCAACGCCGACGGUGACGCUUGUUACCAAGGCUGGGGCGAAAGUUGCACAGACCCCGAAGACGAAGCGUAUGGCGAUGACGCCGCUUAUUUCGACCCAGGCUCAGACAUAAAGGAGAUUGCUGGCUUACCUGAGGAGGAGGAAGAAGACGUCCCUAAAGGCAGAAAAAUAAGAUUUAGUACAGCUCCAAUGACAGUUUUUAACACGUACUCGAAUGAGGAUUACGAUCGGAGAAACGAGGAGGUGGAUCCGGUGGCUUCAUCCGCAGAGUACGAGCUGGAAAAGAGAGUGGAAAAGCUGGAACUUUUCCCUGUCGAGCUUGAAAAAGACGAUGACGGGCUGGGGAUCAGCAUCAUCGGAAUGGGCGUGGGCGCCGAUGCCGGCCUGGAGAAGCUGGGGAUUUUCGUCAAGACCGUCAUCGAGGGAGGGGCCGCCGAGAGAGACGGCAGGAUCAAGGUUAAUGACCAGAUUGUGGAGGUGGACGGGACCAGUCUGGUAGGGGUCACCCAGAGCUUCGCCGCAACCGUCCUGAGGAACACGCAGGGCGUGGUCAGGUUUGUGAUUGGACGAGAGCGGCCAGGCCAGGUGAGCGAGGUGGCGCAGCUCAUCAGUCAGACCCUGGAGCAGGAGCGGCGGCAGAGGGAGAUGCUGGAGCAGCAUUAUGCGCAGUACGACGCCGAUGACGACGAGAAGCAGGUUCGUGAUUUUCAGGGAUCCCACAGCAUCUUCAAUAGAAACAGCAACAAUAACAACAGCAACAACAACAGCACCACUUGUUCCUUUGUAAAGUUGCUGCAUUGUUUCCAGACAGGAGAAUAUGCCACUGAUGAGGAAGAGGAGGAGGAAGGCCCUGCUAUAACGGGCGGGGAGAUGACCAUCGAGGUGUUUGACCUACCAGAAACGGAGGACAUGUUUUCCCCCUCUGAAAUGGACGCUACCAAACUGUCCCAGAAGUUCCGCGAGCUGCAGAUCAAGCACACUGUCACCGAGGCCGAGAUACAGAAGCUCAAAAAUAAGCUGCAGGCAGUGGAGAAGGAGAAGCAGCGCUGGGAGAGGGAGAAGUCUCAGCUGCGUCAGAGCAUCGAAGACAACAAGGAGAGGAUGCUGAAGCUGGAGAGCUACUGGAUCGAGGCCCAGACCCUCUGCCACACCGUCAACGAGCACCUGAAGGAGACGCAGAGCCAGUACCAGGCCCUGGAGAAGAAGUACAACAAGGCCAAGAAGCUCAUCAAAGACUUCCAGCAGAAGGAACUGGAGUUCAUCCAGCGGGAGGAGGCGGAGAGGAAGAAGCUGGAGGAGGCUGAGAAGGCCCAUCUGGUGGAGAUACAGGCGUUGCAAGCAAGGAUCGCAGACCUGGAGGCGGAGCUGCUGCAGCUGAUGAAGCGGAACGGCGCCCAGGUUAACAACAACAACAACAGCGCUGAGGCUCGGGCGGAGCCGCGAGGUUCGGCCGGGGCUGCCGCCGCCGCCGCCGCCACCGCUGCCGCUGCUGAUGGAGGAGAUCUCAGCAGGGCGGUGCCGGAGACGGAGCGGCUGGACAGCGAGGCGCUGAAGGCUCGGGCUCAGCUCGCCGGAAAGGCCUGCAGGCAGAGACCAUCCAGGUCACUGCUCAGAGACAGCAUCAGCUCCACUGAGGGAGACGACAGCCUGGAGAGGAAGGCUGCGGAAGGCUACGACAGCCCCUCCCACGGGGUCAGGUCCUCCCUCUCCGACUCCGGCGCCUCCUCGCUGUCCGCCGCGGACGCCGCGGAGACCUGCGCCGGGAGGGCGGGCAGACCGGGCGCCGGCGGCGACGCGUCCCCCCGGCACCAGCCGCGGAAGGGCGGAGACGAGGGAGGGUCUCAGUCCCCACUUGCGUCCUGUCCUUCCGAGAAGACAAACAGAAAGGUCUUCGAUGUCGGGUCUCCACUAAGGCACAGCAAAGGCAGAGAGUCUAGACUGUCUUCUGGAAACAGUUCCACAGAUCUGUCUGCGGAGAACAGUCCGGAGAAGCUCAAGCCCAAGAGCCCCGCUCUGAACGACGACUUCAGCGCCAGCAGCGCCAGCUCGGCGGACUUCAGCGGCCUGCUGGCCGACCCCAAGCUUUCGGGCCGCUGCCACACCCCGGCCCUGUCGUCGGACGAGAGCUUGGAUAUGAUAGAGGAUGAGAUCCUGGACGAGGCCCAGGCGCCCAAAGCGCACCAGUGGCAGAACCGCUGCGUGCUGGAGUGGAACUGCCAGCAGGUGUCCCGCUGGCUGAUGGGCCUCAACCUGGAGCAGUACGUCCCGGAGUUCACCGCCAAAAACGUGGACGGAGGGCAGCUCCUGCAGGUGGACGGCACCAGCCUCAAGGCCCUGGGCGUGGCCUCCUCCCAGGACCGCGCCCUGAUAAAGAAGAAGGUGAAGGACCUGAAGGCGCUGAUGGAGAAGGCCCGGAGGAACCGCGAGAAGCAAGAGAAGCAGCGGGAGAAAGCGCGCCGGAAAGAGCUGGAACAGAUGCAGAGGCAGGCCCGCAACGGCAGCAAGUCGUCCGGCGAGCCAGCAGAGGGCGCCACCGAGUGACAAGCCGGGCCGAUCCAGCAGCACCUUCUUUUUUUCCAGUGGCUGGAAAGCGGAGCGGGGGACUCGCGUGAGAGAGCCGCCACUGCGCCACUUGCUAGGGGACCACCAAGCCGCCGUUCCUACGGGAAACGAGCCGAAAACGCUCGGGCCGGGCUCAGAGGCUUCAUCUCACUCGCGCUUUGGGAUUUAAAAAAAAAAAAAUCAACCGUUUUUUCCUCCCUUUGCUGGUUUUUAUGUUUUGGUUUAUUGUUUGCAGUGUUCUGUCCCCACACACUGGAUCUCAUGACACUCACACUCCUCAAGUCAGCUUCAAUUGGGUCUGUAGGCAUCAUCUUACUAGGCUGUAUUUCAACCACCUUUAGGUGUAAUGUAAUUGUAAAUAUAUACAUAUAUAUAUACAUAUAUAUAUAUAUUAUAACAUAAAAGUCUGAUGUGCCAUUUUUAAUAUGAGAAACCUGUGUAUAUGCUGUGUAGAUUUCUUAAAUCUUUUUUUGCUUUGCGGAAGCACACUGGAUAGGCCUGGAUUGCAUAGCCACUCCGAGUAGAAUGCCUUGCACAUUAUUUCGGCACAUAGACGGGCUGCUGCUUUUCCCCUGAUCUCGACUGGAGAAACUGGAACCCUCGUGCCGCAGCUGCGGAUUGGCCGGAGUGACGGCGAGCUGCCCGACUCGCACUCCGCGGCGACUGAGCGCGGGCGAAGGGCUAUCGCUCCGUCUCCGCGUCCUCUCGGCUGCAGGACGUCCCACAGCGCAAUGCAAGACACGCAAAAUACGAACGUUCGGGAGCGGAACGGGUAAAGAUCAGCUCAGACGUCGGCUGACCACUCGCGUUUUCACGAGGAAAAUGCGAUUUCCGCUCCAGACGUGGGAGAGCGUUUCUCUGCGUUCGCUCAGAAGCAUUUGGCCUUAUCGGGUUUUGACAGGUAGCACGGACGCUGGAGGGCAGUAUUCUAACUUUUAUGGACUUAUGACAAAACCAAACAGUACUUCGAUAGCAAGAAUGCAGCGCUAUAAAAAUUGCCGCCAGCUCUAUUGCUUUAAUAGCCUCCAUUUUGAGAGCUUUUAGGUUUCCAGAAACUCAAGGUCAUUUUGCCUUUAGAAUUUUAGAUUUCUCUGGAAUACAUUUCCCUUGUCUGCAGAUGUUUUGGUACCUCAUUUGUCAGCUAGUAUAUUUUCCUUUUAAAGUGCUAUAUAAAGAAAGUGUUGGAAAUGUGUUGAUACGGAGAAAGACAGAAUCGUGUUCAGUGUUUGAUUUUGACCUAAGGUUUGCCCUGCGCUGCAAAGAUCCCCAUUUACACUCCUUUAUCUCCGCAUGGUCACUCAUGCCCUCGGGAUAACACAACACCCUCCCUUUUACACCUCCUUCGAAAUUGCACGGCGAUGUGUAAGAUAUCUGUAGACAUCAAGUGUUUCCUUUGACAUUUUUACUAGCGCACAGAAAGUGGUCUGUCAUUUUGUCAUGUGACUUCUGUGAAUGUGCGGCCAUUUUCCAUGUUUUUGUCCUGCACUUCAUCUCUAUAUUUAUUUGCAUCUUUUUGUUUCAGUUGAGGGCUUAGAUGAUUUACGGCUGAGAGCUUAGGUAAUUUUUUAUAUUGAGGCUCUGAGCUGUAACGCCGUACCAAAGGCACAAAAUGGCUGCUGAAGUUUCUUUCGUAUGCUCCCUGCAGCUGGAAGUUUGUGCAGUGUGGGUCGAGUGGGUGAAAAAUGCUCAUUGCUUAUCCUCUGGAGGUAUUAAUCUAUUUAAAUAUUAAUAUACAUAUUAAUACAUCAUUGUGUCACUUCACACUGGGACUAAAUUAUUAUUAGUCCUACUAAAAAGUGGAAUAGUUACAACUUAUCUACAGAAUUAUCAUAAUCAAAACAACUGAUCAUAAUUUUACUCCACAAAACCUUUUUUUUUGUUCCUUUUUGCCAAAUAAGAAAUAAUCAGAAGUCUCAGGAUGAGAAGUUUGAACAUAAUUAUGAUGAAGACAUUAAAUAUUAAAGAAACCUAAUGAUAUUAAUUUUAAAGUAGGCUUGCAUUAUAACAUCUUUUGAGGUCCCUUUUUUGACAAUAAAUUGAAUUCUCCUGUCCUAAUUUCUUCCCCUGAAUUACCCUGAGUUCAACAAAAACUAUUUUAUCAAAAGCUAAAACACUGUUCUCCAUUUUAUGGUCUGAGAAAGCCAGAAAGACAUUAUGAACAGAAGAAUAGAAUAGAAGGUUUCUUCACAUAAAAAAUACGGAGUUUAUGAUGCUAGAAAAGAAGAUAUAUCACAUUACAAAAAAAAUUCUAUAGGAGUUUUAUGAUGCAAGCUAUACAAGAAGGUAUCUUCACAUUAAAGUAAAAAAAUGCAGAAAGAGUUUAUGAUGCGAGUUGACAAGAUAUAUACAUAAGGUAUAUGUGCAUAACACUUUCACAAAUAAUGACCUCAAACGCUGGCAACGAACGUUCUUUAGAUAUCCCAGAAUUCCCCGCCUGUGAACAUUACUGUACUUGAUGUAUUUUUUACAUGCUGAAAGCAAUAUAACUUUGGAAAGUCUCGUUUUAUAUUGUGUGAGUCCCUCAAUGUUGGGACCAAUGCGAGGGCUACAUUGUCUGUCAACAGAAAUACAAGGAAGGGGGGAUGUUCAGAGCUGAUCGGGUUUUAUAUCAAAGAUGUACAUAGCAUUGCACUGUCUUGACAUUGUGUAUGUGCUGAAUUUUGAUUUGAAGUAUUUUGUCACCAUUUUAGGCCUCUGUUCAAUCCCACCAAGGUGCGACGUGUCCUCAACUUUGUGUAACAAAUUUCUUAAGCUAUGUUGUUAUUAUUUAAUGUGUUCAUUUCUUAUGGCACUUUUUUGUUAUUUUCAUUGAGUGACCUAUGAACUCACAAUGUUGUUUACGCUAAAGAACUUAACACUUGCCUAGAUAUCUGAUCUACAGGUAAGGAUGAAGCGUGCGGUGGUCAGAUUGAAUAGAGGUCAUACUGUACUACUGAAAUGUUGAAAGGGCAGCUAACAGUUGCACUGGAAAUGGUAAAAUCACUGUAAAGUCACUGUUUUGCGAUGUAAAAACACGGUUUCUUUAUUGGUUCAUUAUGCAGUAUCUUGAGUUAUACCGUAGAAAUCAAGCCAACGUAGGUACAGCCAGUACAAAUAGCAUGCGAAAGGUUAUAGCUUUUAUUUAUUUAUUUUUUUUUACUUCAUACUUGCAUGAAGGAGACCCAUAGGUGCCAUGUCUGUGUUGUCGGCACUCCAUUUAAAGUUUUGAGUUUCAGGUCCCUGUUUAGUUAGCAUAAGACCAAGGGACACUGCCUCUGAAUGGCCCAAGGUCAGCCUCUGAAUCCUGUUUGAUUUGUAAAUACACCCUGUUCCAGAAAUACAGUGAAAGUUCAUUCCAGA